CGAGACUUCUGUGUAAAAACCCGGAAGCCUGGCUGAGUUUGGUUAGAUUUAAAAUCAAAGAUAAUUUUGUUUCACUUUCAGUUUAGAAAAAUUCCUGGAGGGCCCUGGAAGUAGGGGCGAUAUUCCAAUGCCCACGAUGGAGGAAAGCCAACAAACGAGCUCCCAAAGAAGAGCCGAGAUAUCUAAACUGUUACCGAUUCGGGCCUUGAAUACAAACGAAAUCAACCAAAACACGUCUUGUAUUCCUGCUGGUGAUAGGCUGGUGCUGGCUUCGGAAAUCUGCAACAAAAUCUUGCAACUUAAAGAAAAAGAUGAAGAUGACAAGUUUGUUGUCAUAAAAAGUAGUUAUGGAUUUGGAAAAACUACUUUGUUGAAUCAGAUUGCUGAUGAAGUCACUAAAAGAGGAGGUAUAACGCAAAAUGAAGUCUGGGCUCUAAAUUUUGAUCAGAAUUCUUCAAUGGAAACUAUUUUUGGCUUCUUUGCCCAGAAGGCAGAAGUACACGGACUUCAACUGGAACAGCAAAUGUUGCGAAAAACACAUUUAGAACUCAGAAGAAGACUAGAAGCAGCUUUCAAAGUGCUUUUUUAUUGCAAGUUACUUAUCUUAGAUGACGCAGAUGCUAGUGAUUUCUUCGACUUUGCAUUUCUGAAUGAAAUUGCAAACAAAGAUUUGAUAAUUUGCUUUUCUUGCAUUCACUUUGCCAAAGACAAGUUCUCAAAUUGCAGUGUUUAUGAAAUACCUUGCAGAAAUCAAGCAGAUGUAGAUGCUGAUUUCUAUAAACAGCUCCUGCUACAGUAUGGUGGUAAAGAAAAGGAAAAGCUAAGUAGCCUAGCAAGAAAACUUGGGCCACUUUAUGGCAAAAUUUUUAUCCUGGCAAUCAAUCAAGGAAUCUUGAAUCUUGAGGAAGAGCAGGAAGUCAUGGAGUUUUGUUCAGAGAAAACCUCUUGCAAUAAAAUGAUUGAGUGUUUCUUCUCAAGACUGUUUAGCCAUCUGACAUUGUUUGAUCAACAACUGCUUCUUAGUAUCUCAGCAAUAAGAGUGCCUUUGCCAAUUGCUGACAAAAAUAUGUUCAAAAAUUUAGUUGAGCUUGGAGUUUGCCAGAAGAUCCAAACAGCAAGCAAAAAAUUUGCCAUCCAAUCCCUGAACAGUGUUAAACAGAUUAUCAGAGCACUUAAACUAGAAUGCCAAUAUGGUGAUGAUGGAAAUCCUGAAAGGCCUGACAUGCUCUUUCUCUGGAUGCUUUUGCUUCCUGAUAUUCUCAAAGAUUUGAUCAAAAAGGCGGAAGAUCAUUCAUGGCCAUUUGUGCCUGAAGCUUGGCAGUACAAAGCUGUGAUUACAGAGCAAGAAAGAUAUAACCUCAAGGACAUCAUUCAUCAAAGAAAUAAAUUUGCUGACUUUGAGGAGAUUGAGAUACUCCAGGAAUGCCUGUACAGUGCCCUGGUUGACAAGAAUUACAGUUCUGCAGCGGCCAUAUUGUUUAUCAUGGAUCGUUUUAUCUAUUGGCAAGGGUCAUCGAAGUACUUGAUUAACCUGACAGAUUAUAUUCAAAGAAACAGCAUUGGCACAGCAAUCCCGCCACAAAUUGUCAUAAGAAAAGCACGCAUAAUGAAGAACGAGGGAGACAUUCAAGGUGCAGACAAGGUCUUAAAUUCAUUAAUGCAAAGUGGACAAGGUGUUGGACGUUGGGUUUAUAAGUCAACAUCGGACUACAAGCUUGUUUCGUCAGUCUGCGUGCAAAUCAAAGGAGAUAUUUACAGAGGAUUGGGUCUAUGGGUUGAAGCAGCAAAAGACCUCAUCAAAUCGAUCAUUGGAUUCAAGACGUUACCCAAAGCUGAUAUAAAGGGCUGGGCAUCAAGUUUGUCUCUCUUGGCUGAUGCCUACCAAUACAUGCCUCUGAAAGACUACACGGAGCAAAUGAAAAUGAAAUUUGGCCUCUCUUCAUCACAUCCAGUCUUAGAGGCUAUCAAAUGUGUCAACGAGGCUGCAGAUUUGUCAAUCUAUUCGCCAUUGUUCUACGCAAAAAAUAAGAGGCGUGCUGGAGAGCUGAUGUACAUAUUUUCAAGAACACUUCCGGCAUAUUCUCAAGAACAGUUGUAUUAUUUGCAAUGUGCAGCAACCGAGCUUAUGUCAGGCCUACAAUGUCAUACCAGCAUUGCAAGCCUUGAAAGCCGAGAGCAGUUUUAUGAGUUUGUGUUUUGCGCCUACAAAUUGGCGCAGGUAGUGAAUGAGCUGAAGAAAUUGCAAUUAGAGAUGAGCCUGAAGGUGUCUUUGAAGAAUACAGGGACUGCUCUUAUGUCGUUGUCAAAGAAACUCUAUGAACGCUACUGUUCUUUCCCCGCGAGAGUCCAACAUGAUAAACAAUCUAUUAUGUUCAUACAGUCAAUUAUGGCAAUGCUGAACUUGCCCAAGAUCCCACUACAGGAAAUCUCUCUUCAGAAAAAUUUGCCGGAAAAGGUGCCCGAACAAAGUAAAGUGAAUCGCGAAGAAUCUGAAACGAAAGAGAGAUCACUCAGUAAGGACCAACCAAAGUCAAGAAUGGGACACGAUGGAAGCACAGAGGAAGCAGAGCCAAAGUCACCUAAACAAGCUGAUCGAAAACAUCUCAAAGAAGAAAACUUUUCAUCCAUAGGUGUUGGAUUUUCUGAGCAAACAAGUCAUAUUGAACGAGUUGGAUUUCAAGACCAAGCAACUCUAAUGACAGAAGAUACGGAAGAGCUUGGUGCCACCAACGAUGCAUCCGGCACCGAUGCAAAAGGUUUUUCCAGGUCGUAUAAUACUGCUAAAACAGAAGAAGAUUUGGAGACAGCAGACGGGGGCUAUGAAUCUCAGUUACGAAAUGCCACCACUGCCUCAGAAACAGACGUUGUUGUUGAUGCAUUUAAAGAGUUCGUCGUAGUUGAUAGAGAUGAUGCCGAGCAAUUCCGCAAUGCCACUACUGCUUCAUCGAUGCAGACAGACGAUGGAAUUGAGGAGCCACGUGGUGUAGAAAACGAAGAAAGUGCAGGAUCUGGCGAAGAUUCAGGCAUGGCUGACAUACAAAACGAGGCUACAUAUUUGACUGAAGAAGAUUUUACAACAACGGAAGAUUUUAAAAUGAGGCUGAGGACAACUCUAGCAACUAUUGACGAUCACAUGGCUACGUGCGAGAGAGAUCAGCUUCAAAUCGAGGAUGCUCUGAACAUAAUUAAUCAAUCGCAACCAAAGGUUCAUGAUGCUGUAGUUUGGCGUUAUGAUUCAAUAGCGAUGAAAUGGUUUUCAAUGGAAACCUUGGCAUAUAUUGGCAAUAAACUGGUUCUAGGGGAAAAGGAAGGUGCCUGCAGGGAUGCAUACAUGGUUGAGUACUUGAACCAAGAGGAACCAUUUGGCAGAUAUGUUGGUAAGCAGUAUAAGAUCGAGAAGUACAAAGACAGGCCGAAGUCCAUGCAGCAGUACAAACAGGAUGUGAUAUGCCAAGUUACAUCUCGAUAUUAUGCCACCAAGUUCAAUCAAAAAAUUUAUCAGAAAGGUUUAUUAUUGAGUCAAGUGCAAUUCCUACCCGCUGUAGUUGUUGAGCUUUCGGAUGUUGAUAGCGACCCAGAGAGAUAUUUCAAUGUUGAGCCAUAUAUGGCUGGAAGUUUCACCAAAAUUACAAACAAUUUUAAAUGGGUGAUUAAGGAUAAUAUCCAAGGCAAAGAGCUGCUGUUGGCUUUCAGUCAUUUUUCCUACUGCAUCUCAAAUGGAAAGAUGCUGAUAGUUGACAUUCAAGGAUGGACAAGUGAUGACAAUUCUGGUGUGACAUUUCUCACCGAUCCACAGAUUCACACCCCGGACAAAAAGGGUUUUGGCUCAGCAAACAGAGGUCUUGAUGGGUUUAGCGAAUUCUGGGCAUCACAGCACCCAAAAUGCAACGAUGUCUGUAAAGCUCUGUCUUUAAAGAGACCAUGAAAAAUUUUUGCUGAACGUUUUUUUUGGAAGUAGGGUAGGCAUACAAUUAACAAGAAGAACAGAAGUAAGACCGUAGCCCAAUCUUCGUUUAUUUUACCUUUAAUCUUGAUUGCAGAUCUUUUUACCAAAAGCUUUGUGAAAUAGUUAGGGAUAGCUGCUGUAACCUAGGAACUCUCACUAACGAAAGGCCACUAAAUUGAUAAAAAAAUUCUUCAAUUGUAAAGGGCCGUUUAUUCCAAAAUACGGUGCGUUUAAUUUGCUUUUUGUUUUCAACCAAUUGACGACCGUUACGUAGAAAUACGAUAAUGACCAGACGAAUCAAAAUGACAUUCUCAACCUAACGUGUAAAGCUGAAUUUUCUUAAUACUGCGAUAUCCUUGCGAAGACUUUUUUACUUUUUGGUGUUUUAAGCUAUAAAGUUGUCAACUUGCAUCUUUCGUAGUUAAUGCAAAAUCCCAGGGACCUCAGAUUGUGCACGAUUUUGCUGGAAUUUUGGCUGCUUUUUCAGCAUAUUAGAGUGUUGCCCUCUAUCCCCAUGCCCAUUCUUUGGUUCACGGGGUGCUGAUUCCCCCAUUAGUCCUGUCAAAUAUACUAUACGUCAUUAUUUAAUUCACGUAUUUAAAAGCUGCAUUUGUGAUUUCUAGGACUGUAGAUAUUAUGUGAAUGAGAAAAAUUUAUAGCUCGGUGCACUUUUUUCCUUCUUUCUCCGCCAAUCAGUGCUGCCAUCAGAUUAUGUCUUAAAAUACACGCUUUUGGUACCAUAGUGGACGCAGCAGGGCGGUUCCAAGUUGCAACGCCGAGGUAUAAGCUUCAUGUGCUAGGAGGUAACUGAACAGUAAACCUCCGAGUUGCAACUUAGAACCGAAUGUAAUUUCUGAGUCCAAAACAAAGGAAAAUUGGUCUGAUAAAAACCUAAGCUUACACCUACAAUGCAUGCAGGGUGAGAGGUCGGGAAUGUAAUUGCCAAGACUAAAUCCAUCAAGAGUUUUGGGGAAUGGCGUUGUUUUCUGCCAUUGGAAUAUUUGUUCAAUACAUCACAUGAGAAUAAUAUAUUUGAUGAACAAUUAAGCAGUUUAAGCGCACCAAAGACAAAUUGAGUGGAGGUCUUGCAACUAUAAAAAUUAGACAUUUGACAAUGUGAACAGUAUAAUGUAUAUUUUACGAUAUUUGAGAGUCACCUGCGCUGUGCCGAUGUUAUCCGGUGUUUUCUCUCGAUACCCUGGGUGCCAGAGUCCCAACAAUUUAGUUCCAGAAUUAUACUUUGAAAACAGUCACAGAAAAAUUCAUUUGAGCUAGGAUGGAAAAAGGAGUCUCUUCCCUUCCCCUUCCCGCAUCCACACAUUCCUUGCCACCGCAUCGGUCUACAAUACUUUCUUCCCGGUUUUUUUUUAGGCUCUUUGAUAAGGUAAAAAGUAUUGACUCAUCAAUUAAAAAAGUUGGUUUACCUCAACGCUCAUGUCUUGAACCCAUACUAUUCCUCAUUUAUAUCGACCACCUCCACGUGCUGUCCAGAAAUUAAGUGUAUCUCUGUACGCCUUUAAAAUGAACAUGGCAUUUGUUUCUCUGUGGCCUUUAAGCAAUUCUUGAACUUGUGUAGGAUCCCUGUUGAUGGUCUUGUGAAGGGGUUGUUGACAAAGGCUCUUAAUUUCCACAAAACGCAUAAAGUGUAUCUUUAAAGCACCGACUUACCAUCAUAUUCAGAUGAGCUAAUCACUAAUGAGUCCAACAUCAUGCUCUGCAGGUCUCUUACGCGCUGGAUCCUCAAAACAUGCCAGCUAUAUGAAUUUUAUGAAUACAUCAACUGACCUAGAAACCAUUCCUAAGAAAAGCUCCAAUAAAUGUACAGAAAUGCAACUUCUUCAGAGCUGUUAUGUCUUGGAGUGGCCUGUUAGCUAAAUAAUGCAGACAGAUUCCCUGAUCAGCUUUAAAAUGUGUAAUAUUUAAUUGUAAAUAGGUCUUUGCCAUUUUGGUUUUUUAUCGUAGAUGUUUAUUUUAGCUACUCAUUUAAAACUAAUGAAGUGGGUUUUAUGAUAUUGAAUCGUAGUUAAGUUUAUUUUUUUUAGCAUGAUAUUUUUUGUAAGUUUUUA